AACAUGGAAAAAAGAAUUGAAACGUAAGUUGCUUCGACAAUUUUUUUUUCGCUUGUUUUCAAUUUUAUUUUAGUUUAAGGAAAGAUUUUCAAAAGAUUUUUUCAAAGCAAAAAGUUGCUUAAAACUUGGAUAGUGGUUUAUCGGUCGUUUGAUUCAAAAUCACUGAUGGUAACAACCAUCGAUUGAUUCUCGAUCGAGCAAUUUGACACUUGGACGAAGGGGAAGAUGGUAAACGCGCGCACCCUCAACUGUUGACGGUCCGUGUGUGUGUACAAAUUUUUUGGUCGACAUGAAAUUAGCCCAGCGACGGAAUGUUAUAGCGCAUGAGCAACAAAUGUACAAACUUCAAAAUCCGAUUUAUCGAAAGAAACAACAUAAAACAUGUGGAUCGAAUAAGUUCGAAUUGAAUAAUUUACAAAAAUGCGUGAAAGUGUUUUAUUGGACACUUGCAUACAGCAGCUCGAUGUGGGAUACGGAAUUCAGUGAAUGAGAGAAAGAGAGCAGCCACCAAAAAAAUCGAUAUUAGCAUACCUUUAUCAUAGUGGAUGUAUAAACAACAAAAUAAAAUUUCAACAAUCACAACGCGACAAACUCACAUUUUGGCUAAGCAAAAAUGAAUAUUAUCAACAGUAUCUAUGUUAUUUUUGUAUUCAUAUCGGCAUCCAUACCUGCAUUUAGAGCUGAAUUAAGCAAAAAUCUUCAUUAUUAUGAAUCCAUACACGCCGAUGAUGUUGUUCAUAGAAUCGUAAAACGUGGCACAAAACAGAGUUAUCAUCCAUUUAAUGUUAUAAAAGAAGUCGAAUUUAAGGCCCUUGGUCGGCACUUCCGAAUUAUUUUGCAUCCACAACGUGAUGUGUUGCAUAGCAAUUUUAAAGCAUAUUCGGUGGAUGGCGAUGGACAUGAGAAAAUUGUUCAUUUUGAUCAUGAGAGUCUGUAUAGUGGCCGAGUGUUUGGCGAAGCACAGUCAUCCGUUCGAGCACACAUAGAAGACAAAAUGAUAACGGCCAAUAUCAUAUUGCCGGAUGAAACGUAUCACAUUGAGCCCUCUUGGAGGCAUCUACCACAUCUAUCCGAUCGUCAUAUGAUUGCCUAUAAACAAUCGGACAUUAAAUUGAGUUGGAUGGCAAACGAAACGGUCAAUAGCUUUCCAAAGGUGUGUGGAUACGUAAAAGAAGGCGCAGAAAAUGAUGUCGAUGAGCAUGAUGUUAGGCCAGCAAAGAACAAAACGAGCUUGUUGUCCGACUAUUUAUUCAACAAUUUAAAGAAGCAUAACCGACACAAACGGCAAGCCGAUCAAUACGAAUACACGCCAACCAAAACGAGAUGCCCACUGCUAUUGGUGGCCGAUUAUCGAUUUUUCCAAGAAAUGGGCAGCGGAAACACGAAAACAACAAUUAAUUAUCUUAUAAGUCUGAUAGAUCGUGUGCACAAAAUAUAUAAUGACACCGUUUGGCAAGACAGAGCGGAUCAGGAAGGAUUUCGUGGCAUGGGCUUUGUGAUAAAGAAAAUUGUCGUUCAUUCCGAACCGACUCGUGUUCGUGGCGGCGAAGCCCAUUACAAUAUGGUGCGAGAGAAAUGGGAUGUGCGAAAUUUGCUGGAAGUAUUUUCGCGCGAGUACAGCCACAAAGAUUUUUGCCUGGCACAUCUGUUCACUGAUCUGAAAUUCGAAGGAGGCAUCCUUGGAUUGGCUUAUGUUGGAUCGCCACGACGCAACUCAGUUGGUGGCAUAUGCACGCCAGAAUACUUUAAAAAUGGUUAUACAUUGUACCUUAACUCUGGUUUAAGUAGUUCAAGAAAUCAUUACGGGCAACGGGUCAUAACUCGUGAAGCUGACUUGGUCACCGCACAUGAAUUUGGCCACAAUUGGGGCUCUGAACAUGAUCCCGACAUUCCCGAAUGCUCACCAAGCGCUUCUCAAGGCGGUAGUUAUUUAAUGUACACAUAUUCAGUUAGCGGAUACGAUGUUAACAAUAAGAAAUUUUCCCCUUGCUCAUUGAGAUCCAUACGAAAAGUGUUGCAAGCCAAAUCGGGUCGCUGUUUCUCCGAACCUGAAGAAUCAUUCUGUGGUAAUUUACGAGUCGAAGGUGACGAACAAUGUGAUGCUGGUUUGCUUGGGACCGAAGAUAAUGAUGCAUGUUGUGAUAAAAACUGUAAAUUACGCCGAAAUCAAGGGGCCGUUUGUAGUGAUAAAAAUUCGCCAUGUUGCCAGAAUUGCCAGUAUAUGACGGCUGGCGUGAAGUGUCGUGAGGCACAGUAUGCAACGUGCGAACAGGAAGCUAGGUGUUCGGGUGGCCAAUCAGAGUGCCCGAAAUCACCGCCAAUGGUGGAUGGUACCACCUGCCAAGAGCGAGGUCAAUGUCGCAAUGGAAAAUGUAUUCCAUACUGUGAAACUCAGGGUUUGCAAAGCUGUAUGUGCGACAUAAUUCAGGACGCAUGCAAACGAUGCUGUCGAAUGAGCAUUAAUGAAACAUGCUUCCCCGUCGAACCGCCCGACAUUCUAUCCGAUGGCACCCCUUGCAUUCAAGGCUUCUGUAACAAGGGCGUGUGUGAAAAAAGCAUACAAGAUGUGGUUGAGCGAUUCUGGGAUAUUAUCGAAGAAAUCAAUAUAAACAAAGUAUUGAAAUUUAUGCGCGACAACAUCGUCAUGUCGGUAGUAUUGUUGACAGCACUGUUUUGGAUUCCGGCAAGCACAACUAUCUCGUACGUUGACCGUAAAAAGAGACGUAACGAAUCAAAGGAAUAUAAAUGGAAUAAUUCAUUAGAUUUGAUUCAUCCAAGCGAUAGACGACGUGUAAUUCAUAUACGCGUUCCGCGUCAAAAGGUAACCAUGGGCCGUAUUUAAACACUGCUUGAUCUGUCAACCAAAGUAAUUUAUACAUACGUACGAUCGAAAAUUUGUAUUAUACACAAAAGGCAUACAUAUUAAAGGGCAAAA